CUGGGAUUGGCCCUUUGGGGAGGGGGUACUGUAAGGAUUCUGUGGUUUAGUUUUUGUUUUGCUCCUCCAUGUCCCCUCCUGCCAAGUGUUUCGUUGUAUUUGGGCAUCUGGGAUUGGCCCCUGUAGGGAGGGGUACUGUUGUUUGGCUUGGUUAUAUGUUGCUCUUGGUCAUUUUUGUGGCUUCUCUUUGUUUAUCCCACCUGUUUCACCUGUUUCAGGUUCAUGAUCCGCAGCUGUCUUCUGUUCAGUGAAUUGGCCCCAGUCUAUUUAAGUGUCUCGUUUUCAGUUUGUCCUUUGUCGGGUUAUCUGCUCUGCUGUGUCACCUUUUUGUUGAUCCCAUUCUUAUUGUCAUGUUUCAGUUUAUUUAUUAAAUGAUUUACUUUUCUUCCACCUUGCCUGUUCUCCUGCAUUUUGAGUCCUACACACCACCCAAUCCAGACAAGACCUUUCAUUUAUAAAAUCUCAUUUAUUGUCCCCAGCAUUGACUUCUGUGUCAAACAUUUGUUAUAUCUUUUUCAGCAGCUUUUCCCCCUCGAUCCCGAUGCUUUUAUUGUUUUGUGUUUUACAACCCUCACGUUUCGUUUUGACACCCUCCCUAUUGUAGACAGCCGACUAAAACAUUUGUCAGCCUCUCCUGUUUGAACAGGCUUUAUAAGCUUUUCUUAAGCAGCUCUUUUGUUGCAGUUGCGUUUCCUGUCGAUCAAGCAAACAAAACGGCUAAUAAGAGUUUGUAAGCUUUCUGUUUUAAUUAAUCUGUUGUUGCAGACUAAUUUGCAUUGUUAGACGUCUGAAAGAGAGUGUAAUUUUUUCUCUCCACAUGCUAAUCUUUCAGGGGUUGAAGCAGCUGAUACGAUCUCACUCAUUUGUCUCUAAUUUUGAUAAAAGUUAUUAAAGGAUAUUUAACGAAGAUACAAUAAAAAUAAUUGUUUGCAUACAUUUAAAUGUAAUUCUUAACUUUUUUUUGUUGUAGUAUGACCUUUAUAAAGUUAUAAAACUGCUGUUGUUAUGUAUAUUCAAGCGCUGGAAGCUCGGCGCCAACGCUAGCAGACCGAUUUUUGGGGACAUCAUUGAACGAAAGUCCGAAAUAUGAGACACUAUUUUCCAUAACUCUCCGUUUGGAGGGCUGAAUGAAGGGGAAGGGAAGAAUCUGGAUUGGGCCUUAGAUUUAAGUAGCUGCAAGCUAGUUUUUGUUUACUUUAGUCUGUUUCUGCUUAUCUGUCAGGUCUCUGUUUGUCAGGAGAUGCUGACAGAGUUUCGGAACGUCGUCUCGUGUAAGAAGAACUCCCGAUCUCGCCGGCGCCGACCCCUGAGCAGCAUGGGAGGUGGAGUUUUACGUCACCCGUCCCGCCUGGCUCUGGCUGGCCCCCGCCCGCUACGGCUCGUUCGAGGGAUGCGCCUCAGCAACGGGAAGCUCUACAGCGGCGCCGGCCCGCUGACGGGAGGCCUGGCGGAACUCGGGGGAGGCAUGGGAGGAGGGCCGGAUCUGGGGCCGGGACCGCAGAGACUACUGGACGACCCGCUGGGAUGCGACGCCAUCCCUCCCGCGUCGGCCCUCGUGGCC